AUGGCCAGGCGGACGAGUCAGAUAACACCACAUGAAACAGUCGUCAUACCCAACGAUCUUACUGAUAAACAGUUUGAGGAAAUAAAGGAAUCUUUUAAUAAGAUAGACCUGAAUGGAGACGGGAGAUUGUCAAAGCGGGAGUUGAUGAAGGCUGCAGCAAUCCUUGGUAUGAACCCAACCGAGAAAGACGUCAACAAUAUGAUGAAAGACGUGGACAAAGACGGCGAUGGUUUUAUCAGUUUUAAAGAAUACCUCAACAUAAUGAGAGAGAAUUAUAAAGAGGUGGAUCUAGAACGAGAACGAAUGAAAGCGGCAUUCAGUUACAUAGAUAAAGACAAUGAUGGCUAUGUGACGUUAAAGGAACUCAAAGUAGUCUUAUGUCACAAAAACCAGGAUAUAACCACAGAGGAAAUAGAGGAAUUCUUUAAAGAAAUAGAUGCAGAUGGAGAUGGAAAGAUAGACUAUGAAGAAUUCAUCGAGUCCGAUUUAUGCAAUGCUGUAUUUUGACCCUCACAUUGCUGGAGAAACAAAAGAAGGCAAGAUUGUUAAGCAAUGUUCAAGCUUUACAAAAAGAUUUUA